AUUCGGGUCAUGUGUGGGAAAUUGGCAUUCGUUAAUCCAGGUCCGCGAUACUUGCAAUAAGUAUACCACUGCUCAUUACCAAUUAAAAUGGCUUACUUUGGAAAGGAAUUCAAACUUGUGAGUGAGGAGAAUUUCGUUGACUUUAUUAAGGCUUUGGAGCUCCCCGAGGAACUGGCCGCUAAGUUCUCCUCUUACAAGCCCACCACGAAGAUUGAAAAGGAUGGAGACUCCUACAAAUUCACCAACACCACCCCGGAGGGCACAAAAGUGACUACCUUCAAGUCUGGAGUGGAGUUCGAAGAUGAGGUCAGACCUGGAGUUAAGGUCAACAGCAAAUACACCGUGGACGGUGACACUGUCAUCCAGGAUAUCACACAAGGCACCAAAAUCGCUAAAUUCAAGAGGGAAUACACAGCCGAUGCACUCACCACGGUAAUUUGACUUUGAUUAUAUCGACUUAUGCAUCAAUCACUAAGUAAUAAUUUUUAAGUGACCCCUAUGGUAACACUCUAUUUAAUGGUUAUUUAAUGUUCAAUACUCAAUUUUUUAUUGCAUCCAUUAUGUUUUUAAAAUUAGAACAUUAUGGGCCAUUUAAUUUAUAAACUG